AAAAAAGGUUCUCAGGAAGUAGGUUGCUAUAGAUCGAAACUCCUCCCGAACUUUGACAGAAAGAGUUCACAACUCGUCUUAAAUUUGCCUGACAACUUUUUUUUUCAGAGCGUGAAAUAAUGCAGAGCAAUGCUUAUGGUGCCUCUCUGGCCGGCGGGGCCUUUGAUUUCGAGAGCUUUGUGAAGAAACCACAGACUAUUCUGCGCUUCCUGAGCUGGGUAUUUUCCAUAGUGGUUUUUGCAAGCAUUACAGCUGAAGGCUACAUUAACCCAGUUACAGAGGGAGAAACCAAAUGCAUGUUCAACAGUAACGACAGUGCAUGCAGCUAUGCGGUGGGAAUUGGAAUCCUGGCCUUCUUGGGUUGUGUCAUCUUCUUGCUACUGGACGCCUAUUUCCCAAACAUCAGUAAUGCCAAAGAGAGGAAAUACAUUGUUGUUGGAGAUCUAUCCUUUUCAGGGGCUUGGACAUUCCUCUGGUUCAUCUGCUUCUGUGUCCUGACCAACCAGUGGACCAAAACCGACACCGAGUUUGUCAAGGCUGACGCCGCCAGGGCCGUGAUCGCAUUCUCCUUUUUCUCGAUUGUUACCUGGGCUCUUUUGUCCUAUUUUGCAUUAGGAAGAUAUCGCCAAGGAGUGAGUGAGUUUAAUCAGGAUUACACAGACCCCGCCCAGGACCACUCUUCUCCGUACCCGCCUGCCCCGUCGAACUACCAGCAAGCGCCUUUCACCAACAACCAAGGGCCACAGGGGGAGUAUCAACCUCCAGCUUACUGAAGGACUCACACACAUGAAUCCUAAUGGGAGGGGAUUCUUCUUAAAAAUAUAUAUAUAUAUAAAUAAAUUAAAAAAUGUGCCAAUGGUUUUGUUCCAAAUUGGGAUUGUCUUCAGCACUUCCAUUUUCUUUUGCAUAUGUUUGGGCACUGAGUUUUAGUUUGCUGCAUUAUAGUUGCACAUUGUACGGUGGAUGUUUUGUUGUGCUGUUUGACAAACAAAUGAAAUCUGGAGAGAUUUCUUUUUUCUUUUUUUUUCCAUGUUCAAAGGUGAUUUUUUUUUUUUUUUUUUACCCUUUAGGACAAAGUAAGAUACCAAUGUUUAUCUUUAAACCAAGACACCUGCCACAGUUUCACAGCUCCUUCGGUUUCAAUUUUGUGUACAACUGAGAUGUUUUUGUGUCAAAUGAUAACAAAGUGAUUUGAAUUACAUGUUUCUCGAGAAAUGCAUUUUGUUUUUUUAAAAAUAGGAAAGUGAAGUUUUUCUUCAAAUGUGUUACUGUUCAGUGCUUUAGUUUGGUAUUCUGAUGUUAAUGUGCAGCUGUUCCACAACCAUAAGUUGUCAGUUUAGCUUGGCAAAUGUUGUUUAAUGAAUCAGCAAAUGCACAUGAUGUAGUCACAAGUUGUUUUUUUUUUUAUUUUAUUUUUAUUAAAAUCCCUGCUCGAACUACUGUAUUUUCUUUUUUAUGAUCAACCACUGAAAAGCUUUAAUCCUCAAAGAUUUAUUGUCUUCGAUUGGCAGUUUGAGUAAUCUUCCUUUAGCUUGGUAGUCAUUUUUUGUAAGUUUAUCGUUUUUACGUUGAUUGUUAUCUUUCUUUAUGUUUUGGGUUGUUUUCCAUUUUGCCCAAACUGGUUGGUGAGCGUGUUUUUAGUUUAGAUUAGCAAUUCUUAGCAUAUAUUUGAGGCUAAAUUUGUGGGAGGUUUUUGAUUUUUGGGAAAAUUUGAAGACAUAUUUAUUAUUUUACCUAAUCCUGUUUUAAAAACAGAUACAUGGCAAUCCAGUUUUUUUUCUCUUCUUCUAGAUUUCUUUUUGAACAUGUUUAUUGUUCUUAUUAAAAUAAAUUGUUCAAGUGCCUUAUACAGUGUUCUGUAUCAGAUGGGGUUUGCCAAAUAAAAACUUUUCCAGGUUC